AUGGCUGAGACACCGCUUGAGAAAGCACCAGAACUAGAUAGCCCGCCACAACCAAAGCCCUACCAUGCGAAGCGCCCUCACAAAAAGUCCAGGUCCGGCUGCCAGAACUGCAAGGCGCGAAAGGUGAAAUGUGACGAAUCGAGGCCCGUGUGCCGGUCGUGUAAGCUGCGAAAGGCCGACUGUGUCUAUGUUGAUCCCCAAAAGCCGCGCCACUCUGCCUCCGUGACGACUUCGGCGUCUGAGACGACUACCUCAACAAAUCCUACAAGUAUAUCUUCGGCAUCGUCUGUCCUAUUUUCGGCGCCUAUACUUUCGCUGGCCGAGAGGUAUAGCAAUCAGACUGCUUCUAUACCCGCCGAGUUACUAUGGUGUCCAGUCGGGAUUGAUAUGGCGGAUAUGAAGGCACUGUGGUUUUAUGCGACUCAAACAUGCGGUUCCUUUUCCAUUGUCGCAAACGACGGCCAUAAAAAUAUCAUGAGAAGCCUGUUGGUUCGGUUCGGAUCCGAAUCUCCCUUUCUGCUCGACUCCAUCUUCGCUCUCGCUAGUUUACAUAUGCAACGUCUCAAUCAGCAGUUCGAUCCGAAGCGUGCUCUGUCGUAUCGGGUCAAGUCGUUGGCAGGAUAUCGCAAGGCAAUUGAAGACGCUAAUCCGGGAGACUUUCCCGCUCUAGUCGCGAACUCUCUGCUUCUAACGGCCUUGUCAUCCGAGAACUUCCGAGAACCAGACGGCACUCAUUUAUAUAUCCUUGACUGGCUUGUCGUAUGGAAGGGCAUCAUCCUCGUUAUGGAUCUAGUUUCCAAGUCCACUGUUGUCGAGAGUGGCCUGAAUAGUCUAUUCUUCCGUCCUCCCACCGAUGUGGAAAAGACUGCUUUUAUUCCUCGUCAACUCCUACAGAUGGUCGCUUCCAUCACGCCGAGUGAUUUCGAUUACUCAUUUAGGGAGGCAUAUGUUGAGACGUUGAAGUAUUUGGGCAGUCUCUAUGUGGAUUUGGCACAAGGGCCUUCAUCCAUGAGGAGUCUAAGGAUUAUAACCAUCUUCACCUAUCUCCCCAGCCAGUUCAUCGACAUUGCGCGCAUGUCGCAGCCGCGUGCUUUGGUCAUCCUUGCUUACUUUGCAACUUUUUUCAAGCUGGUCCAAUGGGAAGUUUGGUGGCUGGAGGGCGUGGGAGAUCGCACAAUACGGGAUAUCUGCGGCCAUCUUGAUCUAGAAUGGCAGGCCUUCUUGCAAGUCCCAUACGCGGCCCUCGACGCUCAAGACCGCAAACAGCUGUCCAAGAUCAUACUUGAAGAUACAGAGCUGGUCUCGCCUCAAGGCUACCUUCUAGAAUACGAAGCUUAUGUAGACCAAUCAUUAGGUUUACUGUGA